AUGAGUCUCCAGCCUGGUCUGUCCUUCGGGGCCUCGCAGCCUCCCCGUCCUCUCCUACUCCAGCCGUCGCUCCUUGCUUCGCCCCCAGCCAGCCCUCCAACCCAUUCAUCAUCAGAUAGCUUUGCCGGAAACGUUCUGAAUAGCUGCCUGUCUCUCCAGUCGUUGAUGACAGCACCUACCGGCACCGCUUCAGACCAACUACCACACCCCUGGGAUCAGCUCCCUACACCUCCUCUACCCCACGCAAACCUGCCUCUGAAGCUUCGUCUGCGUCGCCCCGCGAACGUUGAUAAGGCCAACAGCGCGCCCGCAACACCCCGGAGAAUCGCGAAGCGCGGAACAGCCUCUCGAAGACUACAAAAGCGACGCCGCUGCCCCCAAGAUCACAUUGGCCGCGACGACAGCGACGUCCUAGACAGCGAAACCAGCGACUUGGAACUUGAUCUGGAAUCUUCCCCAACGACACCCACUCUCGCGCCAAAAGAACUCUCUGCUCCGUCGACGCCCAAACGCGCGCGCAUUGCCCCCGAACAACUGCCUCUCGGCCUCGAGCGAGCCGACUUCCAUGAAGCCUACAUCCGGGAUCCCAACCGGAAUGUGGAUCAGCAGAAGCCAGGCACCGACGUAGAGGUUGAGACAGACGGGCAGUUGUGGAGCGCGGAGGACACUCGCAUUCUCUUCGAGGUCGUUCUCCCAAUGUGCAAGAACAAGCUGUCGAAGCGCGAAUGGCAGGAGGUCGGGCACAUUCUCGGCCGGGACCACCACAGCACCAGUCUUCGUUUCAAGAGUCUAAUAGACAAGGGCGAAGUCGAGGUCAAGGGCCGGGCCAAAAAGACCCAUGGCACCUGGUGA